UCUCUCACGCUGAGCGAGCGGCUUCACUGAAACGUCAGAGCGGAGAGAGGAGAGAGAGAAGGGCCACUUCCUCGAAGUGAGGCAGCCUCUGGUCUUUCUGCAGCUGCAGCACUAAGACACUUCAGCGAUUUUAUUUCCUUCCUUCUUUGUUGUUUCGCGUGUUUCUGAGGAUCUACUUCAUGGAACUUGAUAAGCUCAGUGGAGGAGAUUUGAGGGGAGCUCAGAGCUGCGAGUGAGGGACUCCCUCCUGAACAGGAGCCGGACCUGCAGGUGAAGGAGCCAUGGAGGGUAUCUGCUUCCAGGUCAAACCCCGAGAUGACCAUGUCCAUUCUCUGCCUGUUCCUGCUCCUUAUGCCAAGCCACUCCCUGGGUCAGGAGGCGAUAAGAGGAGAGACGAAGAGGAUGAGGAGGAGAUUCAGUACAGGCUAACACUAGUGGGCUCUCUGGCGGUCCACCCUCAGACCACCAUGGCCAUGCUGCCGUGGGUGGUGGCUGAGAUCCGGAGGCCACGUCUGAAGGAGAGGAGCUUCAGCACCAGCCCCUCUGCAGCUCAAACUCUAGAGAUUCGGGACCAGUCGGUGGUGCUGCAGAUUUCAGCUUCUUCAGUGCGGUGUGUUGUGGACAUGGCAGGUCCAGGGAGGCUGUGGGACCCCCUGCAGCACCCGGUGCUGUUUGAGCGCCGGCCACACCGGGUCACCAGAUUGAUUCACAAUAGCCAGGACCCGAGCUACUUCGGCUGCCUGCUGAGGGACGACAGGAGGGCCGCGUGCUACGUGUUCCGCUGCCAUGACCAGCACAAGGUACCAGAAAUCAUCAGCACUAUCAGGCAGGCCAGUAAAAGCUCCGCCCGCCUGGAGGACACACCCACAGCCAAGUCUGCUGACAGUUACCAGGACAGCAGUCGGCAUGAUGCCCCCUGCUCCAUGCCAGCUGGCACUGAUGCGGCGACAGCCUUCGCUAAAAAGUUUGAAGUGCUUUUCUGUGGGAGGGUGGUGGUGGCCCAUAAGAACGCGCCUCCGGCCCUCAUAGACGAGUGCAUAGAGAAGUUCGGCCGAGCCAGCGUGACGGGCUCACUGGCUGCAGGCAUCAGACGGGCUUUCUCACUCACACAGGUGAUGAACGGAGGGAGCGAGGGAGGAGAGGCAGGAGGGAAGAAGCCUCUGUUUUUCCGGAGGGACCCCAGUUUCCCCUCUCUGCAUGCGCUAGAUGAGAACGGCCUCUCUCCUGAGCUGCAGCGCAGAUCUGCUAACGGAGCUGCUGGAGUCCAGCCUACCAGCCUACAGGAAAACAGGACCAUGCUGUUUACAAUCGGUUACUCUCAGAUCUUCUUGGUGAGUCCAGACAGUAAGAAAGUGGCCAUUGAGAAGAGCUUCAGAGAAAUCUCUUUCUGCUCACAGGGUAUAAGGCAUGUGGAUCAUUUUGGUUUUAUCUGUAGAGAGUCGGUGGAUAGCGGGAGCUGCCAGUUUGUUUGCUAUGUGUUUCAGUGCACCAACGAGGCUCUGGUGGAUGAGAUCAUGUUGACACUGAAGCAGGCGUUCUCCGUGGCCGCACAGCAGAGGAGCAGCCGGACCCAGAGCCUGCAAUGUGACACCUGCCCCAUGCAGCAGCUCCACAGGCUGUGUGAUCGCAUUGAGGGUCUCCCUGCAUCCAAAGCCAAGCUGGAAUUGCAGAAGCACGUGGCUGGUCUGGAUAAUCAAGAGCAGGCCUCUGUGUUUGAGACCACCCUGAAAGCCAGGCCGAAGUCUGAUCAGGAGGAGAACGAGCUGAUAGUGUCGUGUUUACGGCGACUGUACGAAGAAAGACAGAAGGCACACACGCACACACACAAUGGACAAGCUAAACAGGAAUCUCCAGCAGCGGAUGAGGAAGGAUGUGCAGGUGCUGAGGGCAGCAUAAGCAGCAGCCGUCUGCGACUGGAGCAGCUGAAGAGUCGGGCCAAAAGAUCACUCACGGAGUCACUGGAGGGCAUAUGGAAGAGCAACAGCCGGUCAAAGCCACAGAGAGAGAACAGUGAAAGAGACAGCACCUCCUCAACGUCAACUAUCAACAGCAGUCACCAGGAUGUCCUGUUGGUGGAGCCUCCUUCCCCACCCCUGCUCAUCUCCAGCCCACUCCGUUCCCAUAAUUCCACUGGGGACCUGAAGGGUCUGGAGGCCGGGGAGAGCAGUCCUGACCCCCAGGCUCAAGGUUUCAGGAGGAGAGCAAGUACCAUCAGUCACUCUCCGUCUCUCUCAGUGUCCAGCCUGACCGUUCCCACCGAACGGCCCACAGCUGCUACCAAACCCAAACUCGUACGACACUAUUCCGUCAGCACUGACUCGCCGCAUCAGAGCAACAGGCCGUCGCGUGCUGACGACGCACGCUGCCCCACCUCUGCUUCUGCCUCUCAUCUCUCCUCCUCUUCCUCUCCUGUGUGCUCGAAGCUGAUCAAGCCCAGAGUUCUGGCCAUAGAGCAGCUCACGAGACCCCACAAGCGAAGUCCGUCAGGGCUGAGUGGCCUGAGGGCCAGGGUACACUCCUCUUCCUCUGUUCCAAACUUCCUCAAGUUUCUGGCCCCUGUAGAGGAGCAUGAUGACUCCUCCCUCUCUCUGAGAAAGAGUGAUGUCGCGGCCCUGUCUAGUCUUGGAGCGAUGUGUGUGGUGGGGGAGGACAGUCCACUACGCAAUCGCAGACACUCGUGGAGACAGCAGAUCUUCCUCAGAGUUGCAACACCACAGAAGGGCUCUGAUACAGCAGAAAGAGGAGAAGCUUCUCUGGAGGUUGGAGGGAGACUGGCGAUUGGAGGCGGAGGUGGAGGCGGAGACUGUCCUCUGGGGGCGGUGCCAGAAGAGAGGAGGAAAAGGAGCGGGGCGGAGCUGCGAGAAUUGUGGCGGAAAGCCAUCCUCCAGCAGAUCUUGCUUCUGAGAAUGGAGAGAGAGAACCAGAAACUACAGGCCUCGGAGAGUGAUCUACAAAGCAGGCGGCUGAAGCUGGACUAUGAAGAGAUCACCCCAUGUUUGAAAGAUGUCACCCUGGUGUGGGAGAAAAUGCUUAGCACUGCAGGAAGGUCAAAGAUCAAAUUCGAUACGGAGAAGAUUCACACGGCCGUUGGACAGGGUGUUCCUCGGCAGCAUCGAGGUGAAAUCUGGAAGUUUCUUUCUGAGCAGUAUCUACUGAGGCAGCCGGUGCUCACCAACAAACCCCCCCAUAAUGACACACCUUACAAAGAGCUACUGAAACAACUCACCUCACAACAGCAUGCCAUCCUCAUAGACCUGGGCCGUACCUUCCCCACCCACCCUUAUUUCAGUGCUCAGCUGGGUGCGGGUCAGCUCUCUCUGUAUAACCUGCUGAAGGCCUACUCUCUGCUGGACCCAGAGGUGGGCUACUGUCAGGGUCUGAGCUUCGUGGCAGGAGUGCUGCUGCUACACAUGAGCGAAGAGGACGCCUUCAGCAUGCUCAAAUUCCUCAUGUACGACAUGGGCCUGCGGAAGCAAUAUCGACCCGACAUGAUCAUUCUGCAGAUCCAGAUGUAUCAGUUGUCUCGUCUAUUGCACGACUACCACAGGGAGUUGUAUACUCAUCUGGAGCAGUAUGAGAUUGGGCCGAGUCUUUAUGCUGCUCCUUGGUUCCUCACCGCCUUCGCCUCACACUUCCCUCUGGGUUUUGUGGCCAGAGUCUUCGAUAUGCUGUUCCUGCAGGGGUCAGAGGUUAUCUUCAAAGUGGCGCUGAGCCUUCUGGGUAGCCACAAGCCGCUCAUUUUGCAGCACGACAAUCUGGAGUCCAUCGUGGAUUUCAUCAAAACCACUCUGCCCAACCUGGGACUGGUACAGAUGGAGAAAACAAUCAACCAGGUCUUUGAGAUGGACAUCAGUAAGCAGCUCCAGGCCUAUGAGGUGGAGUACCACGUGCUUCAGGAUGAGCUGUUAGAUGGUCCUUCCACUCUCAGCCAGUCACAGCGCGCUGCCCAGCUGGAGAAGACCAACGGCAGCCUCCGUCAGCAGAACCUAGACCUGCUGGAGGAAGUACAGGUGGCCCAUGCUAGGAUCCGCUAUCUGGAGUCUCAUGUGGAGGGUUUGGCUACCAGUGAGGCAGAGCUGCGUGUGGAGGUCAGUUCCCUCCAGCAGGAGCGGACGGAGUUACAGCAGACUGUAGCCCAUCUCCAGACUCUCCUGGCCAGCCACGGUAUCCAGUACACCUCCUGCCCCUCAGAGGAGAACCAGCCUGUUUUAACCGGCACCACCAAGUGAUCUGUGCCGUUCUGAUACGCAUGUCCACUUGCUGACUUUACCACUUGUCUGCUUGAGGAAGCGCUGACGGGUGACAUACUGAGAAGUAACUCCUGCCCAGCAGAGCAAAGCCUUGUAAUGGAGUGUUGUACUGACCAGUUGUCCUGCCGCUACACCCUUGCCUCCUGAGCCGGGGAUUUGAUUGCAGGAGUGAUGAGGGAGUUGCUAAAGGCUCACCAGUAAGAGCCAUUUAGAUUAAGGGCUGAUGUUAAGGACGUGAAGGGCUUCACCUCACUCCAGGUAGGAGUUUAGUUGAAGACCUAGAGUGAAAAUCAAACCCAGAGGAAGAGGGGGAGGCUUUUGGCCUCCUCUUUUGCCCUGGAGAUUAAGUGCCUAAAGGGCAAUUUAAGACACAAUUUUCCCUUGUUCACUCCUUCCAUCUUCAUCAUGGAGAUGUUGGGCUUACAGCACUGACGCAGUUUUGCUGGAGUUAUCAUUUUAAUUUUAUGUUUCUGAUGACAUGUCUGACCAAUGCUGCACUGGGUCAGCACUGAUCAACCUGGCGACAGGCUCAGAACAGUUGCACACACUUUGAGCUGUGUACACCUGUUUCCGUGUGCAUGUUUCUAUGUAUGUCUGUGUUUCUGAUUCACCCCAUUUAACAUAAAGCACUGCUGUAUUCUACUGUACUGUAAACUUAGUUAUUAGCUUUGAUCAAAGAGCUGAAUAAGCUCUCCAGUCAUAAAUUUGCUUUUGUAGAUCUGUUCAUCUGCUGUUGUUUUACAGACACCAAAGAGGUUCUCCUGAUUUUUUUGUACCAAAAAUACCAAUUAAACUGUCUUGUCUAGACACUGAA